AUGAAAGCGAUGGCAGCGGAUGAUCAUAUCGGCUUGACUCCUACAAUAUCUGUUCCUCUGCAAGGAUCCAGCAUCGAAGUCGACACCGACUCGAACGACACGGAUUCGUCGCUAACAGAUAGUGAUCUACACUCCAUCACGACUUCAAUCUCCUCGAGCAUCGUGGAUUAUGUGUACGAAAAUGGCCGCCGAUACCACAAAUUUCGUGAAGGGGAAUACUUAUUCCCCAACGAUGAGACGGAGCAGGAUCGAUUGGACAUGGUUCACCAUAUCUUCCGAAUGAUGCUCGGUGGCAAGCUGUACCAGGCUCCGAUUCCUGACUCCCCCAAGCGCAUCCUGGACAUUGGUACCGGAACGGGAAUCUGGGUACUCGAUGUUGCGGAUGAAGUGCCCGGCGCCAGAAUCCUUGGGAUUGACCUGAGCCCCAUUCAACCGCAGUGGGUCGCUCCCAAUUGCGAAUUCUUUGUGGAUGAUGUCGAGACUGAAUGGCCGUAUUCCCAAGAAAAGCCCUUCGACUAUAUCCAUCAGCGGAAUAUGGUCGGAUCGAUAUCCGACUGGGACCGGCUGUUCCAGCAAGCAUACCAACACCUCCAGCCUGGAGGCUACUAUGAAAUCCAAGAAUUUCGGGCCUGGUUUCAUUCGCAAGACGGCCCCCUGCCCGAGGAUUCAAGUAUUGCGCUUUGGCAACGCCUCCUGACCGAAGGCACGGCUCGGUUCGGGAAACCGUUGAAUAUUGUAGAAAAGCUCCCGAAGAAGCUGGCCAGUGCGGGCUUUAGCGACGUGCAUGAGGAUAUCCUCAAGAUCCCCAUUGGCGCUUGGCCCCGUGACCCGAAACUCAAGCAGAUCGGGCAAUUCAUGCAGAUCCAUGCCAUUGAUUCCGUGGAGCCUCUGACUCUGGCGCUCUUCACCCGCGUUCUGGGCUGGUCUGAGACGGAAUGUCGCAUUCUCAUCGCGAAGGUGCGGCAGGAAUUCAAGGACAGGAAGCAGCUCUUUGUUUACGCGCAUUUUAUCCAUGGUCGAAAAGCUGAGAGGGGACUCUGCUGUUGA